ACAUUGCCCCCAGGUUCCCAUUGGCACGUCUCCCAAAUUACAUUGCCCUUGGCAGGGCCCCGUUGAGGUCGUGGAGGUCCGACGGCCGCAGUGCGUCCGGAUUCAGUUUGGUCGCCGGCGGUGGAUUAUGCACCCGUCCCGACUCAAGCGUUAUGUACCAUCUAGCCUGGAGGACCCACACUCACUCCAGGAGUGGCCGGUGGGUGAUGCGUCCGUCGUGCCUGACCAGCCGGGUCUCUUUGACGGAGCACCGAGGCAGCCAAUCGGGCAUCCAUCGCAACCGUCCACCCAACCGAGAACAACACCAUGACGUACAAUUGAAGUGUCUGCUAUUGCUGAUCAUCUGGACCGUGGCUGCUGUGAGCGACUUGCAAAAAAAAACUGGUGAGGGCGUGGCCUGAAGACGCGAGCAAAGAACACCGCUCACCUGGGCCACCGAAGGGGUCACAGCACUCGGCAGACUCAAGCGGGGCAUCUGCUGCUGCUGUUGUUGUUGCUGCUGCAGCGAUAGCGGCAGCUGCAGCUGCAGCUGCUGCCGCUAUUGCUGUUGUUGCUGCUGCUGGGAGCGCAAAGAUGACGCAGCGUCCGCGGACUCCGGCUGAAAUCCUCUCCAAGCGUUCUCUCGUGUUGAUGAGGACGAUUUCAAAGGAGCUGCGCUACAUAAGGCAAGAAAUUGCUGAAGUUGCUGAGGGGCAACACGAUUGUGAGACCGUGAACGACGCACAGAGCGACGUGGACGAAGCGGAAGGUGGCCAGCGGGAGGCGGGCGGAGUGCGCUGCAGUGUCGCAGCACCGCAGCACGUCCUCGCGCUGCCCAGCGUCAGCGUCCUCGAUCGCCUCAGCCUCACCUGCUCCGUCUGGCUCCUGCUCGGGGUGGACGAGGCGGCGGUCCUGCACACGCUGCAGGGCGAAAAGCCAGGGACGUUCAUCGUGCGGCGCUCAAAGAAGACCCAGCAGAAAGUGAUCAGCGUGCGCUGGACAAAGGGGGAAGGCUGCCUCUUUGUGCGCAAUUACCCCAUUCUCGAGACACAGUCAGGUUUUGCCCUGGAUGGGUCCAAGCUUACCUUUCCAGAUUUGUGCAAACUCGUCGCCUUCUACACCGCCAGCCGAGACAUCCUGGACUUUACACUCAUUCUGCCUCCAGUGAUCCAGGCAGCCUCCACGCAACAGCAGCUGGAGUCCAUCGCCAAGAUGGGAAUUGAGUUCUGGUGCUCAUCGCUGCACAAGGGCCAUCAGAGAUACUCAAACAGCUCGGACGACAGCGUGUACGUGAAGCUGGAUCCAGCAGGGCAGCUCAAGAACGAGCGCGUGGGGGAAAAUGAAGACAGCGGGCUGUGCUUCGUCGACCCGCUGUUCAUUCACGAACAACCGGCUUGCUUAGUGGAUGGCAAGGCGCAGCUUCCUAGCACACCUGCACCCGCGGGCCCGAAGGAGGUCCCAGUCGAUCGGCCGCAUCCCGAGGCGAGCGACUUGCUCCUGCCCGACCCUAUCCAACGGCCGCGUUCAAAGCCCCUGAGCGAGAUCAACCCCCGGCGCGCCGUGUUGAGGCGAACGUCUUCAGGCGUCAGCAGCAGCAGCAGUGGCUCCAACGCAAUGAGCGUCAGCAGCGGCUCGCCGGGCGAUCACCGCCUGUCCACCUCGUCGUCCGAGCUGGAGUCGGACUUGGAGUCUGCCCACUCGACGUCCCCGUGGAACAACCAGUCUGGCUUCAACAGCGCACGAGGAAUGCGGCUCAGGGGGUUGUUGCCAGGCUUUCGCAACGCCCUCGGCGUCAUCAGCAACACCCUGCAGAUGCCCGAGCGGCGCGUGAUACGCCGCAUAAAGGAGCUGGCGUCCUCCCGCAAUGCCUACUUCGGGUGCCUGGUCCAGGACUACGUGAACCUUGUGAGGAACGGCUUCGCGGACCCCACGCAGGCCUGCGGCGACGGCAAGGAGCUGCUGAGAUCCGUGCGGCAGACCAUGACGCAGUUCAAGUUCUACCUGAUCCAGUGCAACGAGAUAGAGCCGCCACUCGAGGCGAUGAUCUCCGAGCACCGCAUAGACGACGUAGUGGAGAAGGCUCUGUACAAGUGCGUCCUGAAGCCGCUGAAGCCCACGCUGGAGCAGGCUCUGAUGUCUACGCACAACAAGCAGGGCCUUGUGAAGCGCCUCCAGAGCAACUGCUUCUGGGGACGCUCGCAGCUGCCCACGGAGCUGGGCGUCUCGCCGAGUGUGAACACUCCCGACUCGGCAACUCAAGAGAGGAUCAGGGCGAAGCUGAGCGAUUUGGCAGCCUCCUACUCGCCCAUGGUCAAGGUGGACUCCCUGCUCAAGGUCUGCAAGAUGGUCUACAAUGCGAUGGGGUCUUCCGGCGAAGGGGGUGCCGACGACUUCUUUCCAGUCCUCACGUACAGCCUGCUGCACUGCGACUGCCCCCAGCUGGCCAUACAAGUGGACUACAUUAUGGAGUUGCUCAACCCGAACCUCAUGAGCGGAGAGAGCGGAUACUACCUAACGAGCGUGUACGCAGCCCUGCUGAUGCUCGGCAGUCUGCAAGAAGAGCAGGCGACGGCAGAGCUCACAGCCAACACACAGCAGUCUUUGCGGGAGUUUCGUAGAAGCCGGAUGACCAGCACAGCACAACACAGCACGCGUAGCCAGCACUUGCCGUUAAUGGUGUCCUUUCGAAAAUGCGGCAGCAUGACAAAACCCUUCUCCACCCGGGAGACGGUCACGGCGAAGGAGGUGUGCCAGAAUUGCGCGACCCACUUUGAGGUCACUGCCGACGAAGCGGAGUCCUUUGGCCUCUACGCGGUCACAAUCUACAGCACGGGCCACAGCGAGUGGCACUUCCUCAAAGACAGCGAUUGUCCGCACAGCGUGUGGGCCAAGCUCACCAGCAACAAUUCCACCUCCAAUCAAUUGGUUUGCUACUUUGUCUACAAACCGCUGGACAACAUCGACAGGGAAUGCCGAGAUUCCGAAAACCUCUUCACGCAAGGACCCGACACCAGCGCUGGCUUCCGGCCUCCAAACAGAGGCAGUGGCAAUGGAAACACCUUUAGCCAAGAUGUCCCUGCAAUUAAUCUCAUGCCAUCCAUGAAUGAGAACACUUUUCAACGUGCCAACACACAGGAUCACCACACCAAACUUUAACUCGCAUUGCACAACCGAAAGUGCAAUGCGCACUUUUUAAGAAAUGCAAUAAAAUGUACUUGCUGCAUCAUGCCAAAAAACCGAAAGCAUAUAAAGCCGUUUUUUUCUGGUCAAGUAAUAUCAAAGUUGCAAACGUCCACAAUGAAUCCUUUGCAUCCUCUAGUUGCCCCUUCAUUGAAUGUUUAAAAGUAUGUAGCUUGGAGUUACAGUACAAGUAUACAGCUGUUAGAAAGACAGCUUAAAUCAAGUAGCUGCAUUUGUGCAGAUGUUAAUACGUUUUUUUAUAUGCUGUCAUACAAUAUAUAUUUAUUACAGAUGUUAUAAGCUUGUGUCGAGUAUUAAUGUGUUUGUACCGAGCAACAUUUGAAGUUCUAUUUCAGCUGUUAGAAAGUUGAAAAAAUGUAUUUUAAGCUGUGUACAUAUUUGCACUUUUGCCCCUCCAGCUAUGAAUAUCCUGAAAAUAAUAUAAGUACAUCCUUUCAUUAUUUAUUGUUACGAGUGUAUAAUCAUGCCAAUAUCAUUAAGUUGUAUUAAGACAGUAGGAACUCACAAUACAAUCAGACAUCUAAACUUUUCAGGCGGUUUUAUUUUUAAUAAAAUCUAUUGCAACAUAAA